UUUGUUUUGUAAGAAAGUUCUAAAGCUCGGAACAAUGGGGAUCAAAGCUUUGGAGGCACACAUGCAGUGUGAGAAACACAAAUCCGCUGCAGAAACCUGCCGAAAAACACCCGGCAUCUCGCAGUUCUGUUCCGUUGUUGUGCCUAACGUUACCUCAGUAGCCCUACCAAACAGCGCAAGUGCAUGCGAAACAUCCGCAUCAGCAGCCAGCUCCGCGGUUUCAACUUCAUCAGACAUCCGAACCACGUUUGGCUCCACUGCAACACUAAGAGCAGAGGUAGUGUGGUGUCUGCAUACUGUAACAAAACACCAGUCCUAUAACGCUAACGAGGCUGUUGGGGACAUUUUCCGAUCUAUUUUCCCAGACUCCGAAAUCGCACGUACAUUUGCGUGCGGUAAAGACAAAACUGCCUACAUUGCAAGAUUUGGACUGGCUCCUUACAUAACCAAGAUCCUCGUUGCGGAUGUUAACAAGGAUAUGUUUGUUUUAAUGUUUGAUGAGAGCCUCAAUGAAACGUCCAAAAAUAAGCAAUUAGACUUGCAUGUCAGAUACUGGGGACAAGAUCAUGUCCAGUCAAGAUACCUCGGGUCGCAAUUCAUGGGACACGGCACCGCUCAGGAUUUGCUUCACCAUUUCAAAGAAUGUGCACAGCAGCUGGACAUGCAAAAGCUUCUAUCUGUUUCUAUGGAUGGACCGAAUGUCAAUUGGAGGUUUUUAGAACUGCUGCAACAAGAGCAACGUGAACAGUUUGGUGGCACACAGCUAAUUGUGGAAGGGAGCUGUGGCCUCCACACCCUACAUAACGCCUGCAAACAUGGCUUCCUCGUGUGGCAGCUGGAGAAGGUUCUAAGGGCCUUGCACAUACUCUUCCACAAUACGCCAGCUAGGAGAGAGGAUUUUACCACACUCACCAAAUGCACAAAAUUUCCAAAAACGUUCUGUGGACAUAGAUGGCUCGAAAAUCUACCAGUCGUGGAGCGAGCUUUGGAAAUCUGGCCGUCAGUGACCAUGUACAUAGAUGCAGUUAGGAAAAAGAAGCUACCAAAUCCAGGAACAGCCUCUUAUGACACCCUUGAAGUUGCUGAAAAAGACCCUCUUUUUCUGGCAAAACUACAUUUCUACAUGGCCAUCACAAGGACCUUUAGUCCUUUUCUUACCUUCUAUCAAACAGAUGUACCAGUGAUUCCGUUCCUUGCCAAAGACUUGGCUGAGCUGUUGAAGAGUAUGCUGAGGCGUUUUGUCAAGAAAGAGGUACUCAAGGACAUCAGUCCACUGCAGCUGGUUAGACUGGAUGUCACUGACAAGCAGAGCUGGGUCAACCCUAAGGAAGUAAACAUAGGCUUGGGUGCAGAAUCACUCCUUAAGUUAUUCUUUCACCUAUAACAUUUAAAUUGUCAUGGAUUCAGCUGAAUGCUUGAUUUUAUAAUAGGUUAUAAUAGGUUGUUUACAUCCAUCAGGAACUACUGAAAAAGAAAAAGAUAGGGGAACUAACAGUCCUGGAAUUUAAGAGAGACUGUGUGAAAGUGAUGUCUACUAUCAUCCAGAAAGUACAGGACAAAAGCCCAUUGAAGUAUCCUGUAGUGAGGCAGGUGGCCUGUUUGAACCCCAGCAUGAUGUUUUCUGACCCUGACUGGUGCAUAAGCAGUAUGACAAAACUGGUGCAGAUGUUUUUGCAAGCCCAGCAGUUGUCAGGAGGUGUCUCGGCUGGCAGGAAAGAAUAGUUCAAUUCAAAGUGCAU